GAGAGAGUGUUGUCUCGACAGAGAGAUUGCUGCCAGUGGCUACACAAAAGAAAUGCAGGAAGAUGGUGAACUGCUUUACCCAUCAGGCUCUGAGGGGGAUGACAGUGCAACAGAGCUGUUAGAAUUUGUAGAAGGUUCUGAGGACAAGCUCAACUACUUCAGCAAAGACGAAGAGAGCAGUGCAGACCUCACGUCUGAAGUGGGUGAUGUCUCUGAGAGCAAAACCUCUAACAACACCGUGUACAGCAGUGAGGAAGAGGCUGAAACAGCUGGAAGUAGUGAAGAUACACAAAGUCUGAAUAUGUCAGAGUUGAGUUCAGCCUUGGAAAAUGCUGAAGGGCAAAAUAUGCAUUGGAAGUUGAGUAAAGAUGCAGAGAGUUCUGAAACUGAUUUUUCUAAGAGCAAAAGAAUAACUGAAAAUGCUGCUGAAGUGGAAAAUCAGAGAGGUGAAGGAGAGUGCAGUAAGGAUAAGGAGAACGAAGAUGAAUGCCCUGAGCUGGUUGACUCAUCAGCUUUAGAUGAGAAGUUUGGGCAUUACAG